CCAGACGUGUCGGGACUCGGGCUCCGGGCGCUGAGGAACGCAGCGCGAUCCCAGGCAGAGCAGCCGUCGCAGCCCCGGUGCGAGCCGGGCCGGGACCCUGCCCGCUGCGCUCUUCGCCAGAAGACGGUUCCAGGCGGCUGCGGGGCGCAGGGAGGCGCUGAGCCGGAGGCAGCUGGAGAAAGCGGCGGGGAGGGGGAGCAGCUGGGGCUCCACGUGCGCCUACAAGAUCCAGGGGAGCUUGUCCCCCCCCCCCAGGAGAGACACACACACCCCCGCACGCGCCCCGCCCCAGGCACCGGAGCGCCCCGCCCGGGGCGCACAGGACAGGCAGCUCUGAGCAAAGCGAGGCCGAGUGGCAAAGAGAGAAGCCAAGGGGGGGGUGGGUAGGGGGGCAGCCUGCCCCCUCGUUCUGCCUCUGCCAGCCCCCUGCAGCUAGGCCCCCCUCCCCCGGCUGGAGGCUUGGCUGGGGGGCGGAGGGGCAGGACCUGUCCACAUGGAGCCUGGAAUGAGAGCAGCUCUUCCCCCCGCAAACAGCCGGCGGCUCCUCGGAACUUUGAUGUCCUUGUAGAGGGGGGAGCCGCCCUGCCUGGUCCAUGUAGUUGGGGUUGUGCUGGGGGGUGGGGGGCUGGGGGCUGCCCGCGGCGAGGAUGGCCCCGUCCUGCUGGGACUGUCAACCCACCAAUCCAGGCGGGGGAUCCCUGAGGUCCUGAGGAGCGGAGGGAAGUGCGAGAAGCAGCGAGAAGAGACAAGAACCAGCAGCAGCCGGGGAAACCACCACGGGAAACCCAACGCCCCCCCUCCCCCCGCAAACCCGAGCCCGGCGCGGCUGCCAAGCCCCCCACCGAGCCAGCGGGACACAAGAUGGGUCUGGCCCUGCUGCCCGGGUUCUGCUCCCUGCUUCUCCUCGGCCUCUGGCUGCGAAGCUCCUGCGCCAACGAAAUCCUGGGCCUGAAGUUGCCGUCGGAGCCGGUGCUGAACGCCAACACCGUGUGCCUGACGCUGCCCGGCCUGACGCGGCGCCAGCUGGAGGUGUGCGUCCGCCACCCCGACGUGACGGCCUCCGCCAUCCAGGGCAUGCAGAUCGCCAUCCACGAGUGCCAGCACCAGUUCCGGGACCAGCGCUGGAACUGCUCCAGCCUGGAGACCAAGAACAAGAUCCCCUAUGAGAGCCUCAUCUUCAGCCGAGGCUUCCGGGAGAGCGCCUUCGCCUACGCCAUCGCGGCCGCCGGGGUGGUGCACGCCGUCUCCAACGCCUGUGCCCUCGGCAAGCUGCAGGCCUGCGGCUGCGACCAGAAGCGCCGGGGGGACGAGGAAGCCUUCCGCAUGAAGCUGCACCGGCUCCAGCUGGAGGCCAUGAACCGGGGCAAAGGGAUGGUGCACGGGGUCCGGCUGGAGCACAUGCCGGCCGAGGCCUCAGGGCUCCAGGACUCCUGGGAGUGGGGGGGCUGCAGCCCCGAUGUGGACUAUGGGGAGAAGUUUUCCAAGGAUUUCCUAGACUCCCGGGAAACCUACAGGGACAUCCACUCCCGCAUGAGACUGCACAACAACCGCGUCGGCCGGCAGGUGGUGCUGGAUAACAUGCGGAGGAAAUGCAAGUGCCACGGCACCUCCGGGAGCUGCCAGCUGAAGACGUGCUGGCAGGUGACCCCUGAGUUCCGCCUGGUGGGCUCGGUGCUCAAGGAGCGCUUCUCCGGGGCCACGCUGAUCCGGCCCCACAACCGGAACACGGGGCAGCUGGAGCCAGGCCACGUGCGGCACCGGCGCCGAGCCAGCAUCGGCGACCUCAUCUACUUCGAGAAAUCGCCCGACUUCUGCGAGCGGGAGCCGGCCCUGGACUCCAUGGGCACCGAGGGCCGGCUGUGCAACAAGACCAGCCCGGGCAUGGACAACUGCGAGAGCCUGUGCUGCGGGCGGGGCCACAACAUCCUGCGCCAGACACGCAGCGAGCGCUGCAACUGCAAGUUCCACUGGUGCUGCUUCGUGGCGUGCGAGGAGUGCCGCCGCACCGAGUGGGUCAGCGUCUGCAAGUGAGGCGGGCCGGAGCGCGACAGCCACGGGACGGACGGUCCAGACGCGUCCCGGGCGCAGCUUCCCUUUGCCCCAGCCGGGCCCUCGGGGCGGAGCAGGAGGAGCAGCUCCCGGGGGGCUGCCCAGCACUGGUUAAUUCACCGCACACCUUCCACCCUUUGUCGGCACCCUGGCACCUGGCCCCGCCGGCCGCACCAGCUCCUGCCGUGGGGAGCGUUCAGACGACUGCCCAGGCAAACCCCACGCCCACUCCCGGAUGGGGAGACCCCCCAUGCCGGGACCCGGCAGGGCAACUCGGUAGCAGGGCGGGGGUGGGAUGGGAAGGAUGGAGGAGUGUUUCCGAGCGAGGUACCAUUCCUUCUGUUCAGGGACAGCAUCAACCGCAGCCCACGGGCGGCCAAGCAUGGACAGGAUUCGGGCUGCGACCAGCUCCAGCAAAAGCUCCGUCCCCGCCCGGCGUGGACACGUGCAGAGAUCUCCAGGGAGCAGAGGACUAAAUCCCCCGGCAGUCACCCCUCAAUGGAAGGGGACAGCUCAGGACUCACCGGACCGCACUGAAAAGGGAUUUUCAUAUGAAAAAAACAUGUAAACAAGACUGUUGAGGGCACUACCCCAGUGUUUCUAAGAGGAGGGAGGUCCCCAGCGCCCUGGGACAGUGCCAUGCAUGCCCGCGGCUGCUGGGGUCUGGUAAGUUAUUUUAUUAUUGUGAAUAAAAGUGGA